AUGACAUGGAAAAAUAAGAUAAGGUUUAUACUUUAUAGACAUUUAAAAGCAAUUUAUAUCUCAAUAAAUGUGUCAUCAUCAAUCAAUGGUACGAAAAACUUUGACCAUGGAGAUUGUGUAUAUUUAGGAAAGGAAUCGAAUACCAAGGAAGACGAAGAACAAGGAGUAGAAGCAGUAGCAGAAGCACAAACAUUUGCAGUUUCUUCUCAAAAAGACUCCAAAAGGAAAAAUGGAAAUUCUCUCCCCACAAUAUCACCAAGCCCAUCUUACAAAUCAGGCCCAUUAAGAAACCCUGGAACUGUCCCUUUUGUUUGGGAACACACUCCUGGAAAACCAAAAGAUGAAACAAAAACACAAAAACAUAUUAAAUAUCUUGUCCCAAAGCCUCCACCAGGUCGAAUUUCAAAGCCUAAAAAACAAGAAUCUUUAGAAGUGAAGUUAACAGAAUUUGAGAGCUUAAAAGAGAUAAAGAAAGAGUCAUCUGAUUCAAGAGUGAUUAAUGAGAAGCCAUUGGAGGUGAAGAAGGUGGUUAAUAGGGCAAAUGAGAAGCCACAGAUUACAUAUGGCCCUAACUUUUUACAGUUUACUGGCGAUGAUAGUGAAGAAGAUAGUGAUUUUGAUUAUGAUGAACAUGAAAAUACAUCAUAUAAGGUUUGUGGAUUGCUUCCACAUUUUUGUUUAAAGGGUUCAAUUGGUCUUUUGAAUCCAUUACCAGGAUUAAGUAUGAGAACCAGAUUACCAAUAUCUUCUGCUAAUAAAACUCCCUCUGAAUCCUCAUCAGCUAGCUCUCAGCCUGCUAGAGUGGCUGUAUAUGAGCACAGAUCAUUAGCCAAGCAAGAAAAAGAGCAGACCAUUAUAAAAAACGAGCCCAAAGAUGCUACCAAUCAGAAAGAGCGAUCAGAGCCGUUGGAUCGUGUGAUUUCAGAUGAUGAUAUCAAUUCAAAAAAUAAAGAAGUAAAUUUACAAAAGAAAGGACUCAUAAGCUUCAAGGAAUUACUAGCUGUUGAAAAUGAGAAAGAAUCCAGCCCUCAAAAUCAUAUGGAUAAAGAAGCGGGAUUUUGUGAAGACCCGAAAGUUGACCGAGAUUUAAAGGUUUCCCGACAAAGUGAAUUGGAGUUACCCGCUCCGCCACCAUUACCGAAAUCGCCCUCGGAUUCUUGGUUGUGGCGGACAUUGCCGUCUAUGUCCUCAAAAAAUAAUCCUAAAUAUCCAAGGGCAAAACCGGAAAUUUUUCAGUCACGAAAUCCACAGGGACAAUUACUUCCUAUACCAGAAACUUAGCAUUUUGAGUUAGUAGAUUAUAAUAUGAAGCAAUGAAGAAGCAUUGGUGCACAAGGUUUGCUAUUGGUUUAGAGGUGGUAUGAAUGUAAUGAAUGAGUUGGUUGUGAUUAUUUUUGAUGGGCGUAUCAUGUCAUUAUCAUAUUUUAUAUCAUGUAAUUAAUAGUGAGGAAUAAAGGAAAGUUGAUUGGAGGUUUGUAUAUGGUAAUAUGAAGAGGGAAAUGGUCUGUAAAGAUGUUUUCAUAAUAAGAAAGGAGAUGGGGUACCUUUCAGAUAGAAUGGGAAAAGGAGGACUUUAUGCUUUUGUUUGCUUUCUUUCGUUUUAGUUGAUGAAAUUCAUGUACAAAAAGGUCGUAUUCAAGUAGGACAAUGCCAACGCUAAAAGUAGAAGUGGGAAAUGACACAUAUGGGACCAUGUUGGGUUGGUGUUGGGGUUAAAUGGGUAAAAUUCACUAGAGAAAGG